UAUUUGCGAAAACCGCCGUGCGUGACUUCACGUCGCCCUGACGUCAUCACGCCGCGUCGCCUGCCGCAGUGCGCCGCGUACACAUGUGAGCAGAAGCACGCUGGUGUGAACGUCAGAUCUGAGAGACAACGACAAACCAAAGUGAUGGUUGAGGAGAUGGAGGUCAAAGGUCAGCGGUAUUUUAAGGUGGGUCAGAAGCGGCCCGCGCAGGACGGGACCAAGAGACGAAGACUGGACGCCACGAGCGUGAGCUACUUCCGCCGCGUCGGCGAUCGACUGAACGAGGGAUUCACAGAGGAGGAGGAGGAGAAAGCUCUGUUUGUGGAGAACGUGCUGUCGGAGGUCAAGGGUCAAGCGGCACUCGUCUCCACUGAUAUGACCGGAAGUGUGGCUCUGGAGCGGCUGCUCUCAUUGGCCAGUCCCGCUCAGGUGGCAGGUGUGCUGGCGGAGCUGGGAGGAGAGACGGGGUCAGAAUUCAGAGGCGUGUCAUGUGACCAGUGCGGGGGUCAUGUGAUGGAGAGCGCGCUCAGACAGGCCCACCGCUGGAACGAGGAGGACUCUGAUGUCACAGCGGAGGACGAGGAGCACUGUGGGACGCUGGAGGCUCAGGUGAAGCGUGUGUGUGGAGUCGUCAGAGAGAGUCUGCCGGAGUUCCUGAAGGAUCCGUACGGAUCGCAUGUGCUCCGGACGCUGGUCCAGGUUCUGAGCGGAUCUCUGAGCCGAGACGCAGCUGCUGCUCAAACAGGUCAGAAACACGCUUCACAGCAGACUGAGAGGUUUUUAUUAUUUUUUUGCAUCUUCUUUCCUUUGAAAUGUGUCUUUCUGUCGUGUGCUCAGUUCCUGAAGAUCUUCGAUGAGCUGAUGGAGGGGUUCGAGGCGAUUCUGGCCGCGGGUCACAUGGGUGUGGUGGUGCUGAUGGUGGAGAGCUGUGUUUAUUGGGAGGAGAAGCAGAAUGCACUGCUGCAGCGCCUCCUGCAGGCAUUUCACUGCAGUGAACCAGCCUCUCUGCAGGUCUCCUGUCUGCCUCUCUUUCUGUCCUUACUGGCGUAUGAAGUGUACUACAACACCGAGACAGCAGAGGGAGACGCCGUCACACAGCCUGUGCAGCGCCGGCUCUCCGUAUCUUAUCACGGAUCGCGGCUGGUUCAAGCUCUCGCCGGAUUCAAAGAUCGAUCCGUCCUGAUGAACAGCCUUCACGGGCUCGGCUCCGCUGACCUGCUGACCCUCGGCACUGACCGCUUCGGCAGCCACGCGCUCCAGAAGCUGCUGACCGCGGCCAGCGAUAAGGGCAGAGGAAAGAUCUUGAGAAAGCUGGAGGAGCUUUACGUUCAGCUGGCCUGUUCCAGCUGCGGCAGCCGUCUGUUAGAAGCCGUGUGGAACAGCGCCACCGUCAGCCAGAGACAAAGCAUCGCUGAGAAACUGGUCCCCAGUGGAAGUCAGCUCCGAUCCGAUCAGUUCGCACGGCACAUUUGGGCCAAAUUUGGUCUGACAAACUUCAUGAAGCGACGGGCCGAUUGGCAGGAGGUUCAAACGGGAGAGUCGAAGAAAAGGAAGAUGUUCAGUGAUAUUCUGCAGUAACUCAGAGAGACUUUAAACAAACCGUGAUCGUUUCCCCUGAACGACACCAUACAAGUUUUAGUAAGUGAGGAGUUUUCACUGAAUCCCUCUUGAAGUUGCAUUUUAUAAAUAAAACCAGCUACAGUUGCGUAUCUCUAUGCACACAAUGUGCAUUUGGCUUGACCUUCCAUUUCUAGUGUGGAAAAUAUCCUUUGGAAGCUUGAGGAAAAAA